GGUAUUUUCGCCCGACAACCUGUGUGAAAAGGGAAGAGUAGACCUCGGCACUGUGUCUUCAACAAGACUGAGUGUCAAUUCUGGAUAUCAGAAACUCCAGUCGCUGUCAUGAUACGGUUCAGGCUGGUCUGAAAAGCGGACAGACUUCUGUCAACACACGGUUCAGUUUCCUGAAUGUCCCGAAGCGAAGUUUCCGACACCAAUACAGACCCAUGAUGUGGACACACGGCUUCCUCUUUAUCUUCUUCUGCAGUUUCCAACUUGUGUGUAUCUGUGGCGCACAAACACCAGCCACAAACACCACUUCCAACAGUACAUCCAUGGUAGCGAACUCCACGGGCUCUCCGAAAACAAACGCCAAGAUCAGUAACUACUGUCCUUCCACCUUCAACCUGACCGGAUCUAACGGCACGUUCGCCAGCCCCCUGUACCCGUCACCGUACCCUCUCCGGCAUGUCUGCCGGUGGGAGAUAACUGUCGCCCCGGGCAGGAUCGUGCAGCUUACGUUCACCGCCAUGGAUGUGGAGGCCGGGAAGGGAGUGUGUUACGACAGUGUGGAAGUUUACGGAGGCACGCCGGAGCAGGGCUAUCUUAUCGGGAAGUACUGCGGCACCACCAUCCCUGAACCUGUGACUACAACCACCAACAUCAUGACUGUCAUUUUCCAGUCAGAUGACAUAUAUGCAGAACCUGGCUUCCAGGCUACGUUUCUUUCACAGGAGAAACAGAAGAGUGACUGUGGUCCGGGGUAUUUCCGCUGUAAUGAUGACGUGACGUGUGUGGACUCCUGGAGACGAUGUGACGGCAGGAAAGACUGUUUCGACAACAGCGAUGAAAUCGGAUGUGAAUGUCAGAGUCUCCCAUCAGACUUUCUCUUCUGUAAGGGGUUUGGUUACAACCAGAUCACCUUACCCAAUCCCUACAUGCAUCGGAACCUGAGUCAGGUGAUCACGUCGCAGCAGGCUCGCGCCAUGCUGGCCCUGGAGACAGCCAGCGACCCGCCCUGUCACCCGGACUUCAACCUGUUCGCUUGUGCUGUCAUCAUGCCGAAAUGUAGUUCAAAGAACCCGCGGCAGCUGCUGCCAUGUCGUACCCUGUGUGAGGAGGUGACUGCCUCCUGUCGACCUGAGGCGGUACUGCACACCAACGGGUCCUGGCCCUUCCCAGACUGCUCACACUUCCCCUACCCCAGCGCUAACAUGUCCUGUUGGAAUGCUCCAAUACCUGACAAUGGGAGGUGUUAUUAUGGAAAUGGUAUGAACUACCGGGGACUCGUGGCCAAAACAAAUAACGGAGAAUUGUGCAAAGCCUGGUCUGCUGAUGAAGGGGACUUCUACAUGUCUCAGUUCCCCUGGUCUAACCUGCAGGAGAACUACUGUAGGAACCCUGACGCUGACACCAGACCCUGGUGUCUGUCUCCCAUGGGCUUCCAAGUCUUGUGUGAGCUGCCCAGAUGUGGAGAAAAAACCUGCUCCGACCCUGGGCCACCACGGUUUGGCACCAGGAGUCCAAAGAAGGUGACUUACCUGAGCGGGGACAAGAUAACCUUCAGCUGUGGGGCGGGGUACAUCCUGACUGACGGGUCACUCAGGUCCACCUGUCGGGCCAAUGGAACAUGGACCAGUGACCCGCCCACCUGUGAUGUGGACCAUGAGAGCCAGCUGCUGACAGACUUGUUUGUGCGGAACCAGUACAAAGUGGAGACCCAGCCGUCUGUGGACAUCACUGUCUCAUCAUUCCAAGGGCGCAUCAACAAUAUCGUGGACACGAACGAGAAAGAUGAGAGAGUCAUGGUGUCGCUUUCUCUAAAUGUGGACUGGUGGGACCUCCGCUUGGCCUGGUCAGAAGAGGAAUAUGGCAAGAUGAGGAGUUUGUUUCUGCCGGACGAUCAAGUGUGGAAACCAACUCUACUGCUGAGGAAGAAUGCUGACACCAACUACAAAAGUCUCCCAGCAUCAAAGGUGAUAGUGACCAGUGACGGCCAUGUCAACUGGACAGUGGAGGCUCUGACCACUACAACCUGUACGCUGGACCCGUACCUCUUCCCUGUCGACACCAUGACGUGUCCCAUCUGUUUUGAAUCCAGUAUAACAGCAGGAGAGCAGCUAAGAUGUCCCGAUACGAAAAGGCCGGGUUACAUCGAUUGUAACACCCGCACUCAGAUCGUAUCUGGCCAGUGGAGAGUCGUCGCAUACCUGAAAACAGAAGCUGGGAAAGGCUGCCUGAUGCUGGACCUGACCAGGGAUCCCAUCUACCACAUCGCCACCACCAUCUCACCAUGUAUCAUCCUGGCUGUGCUGAUGUGCAUCACCUUCGCCACCCCCAUCGAGCAGAGCGAUCGGAUCGGCUUUGGUAUAACCAUCCUGCUGGCCAUGGUGGUGUCCCUGGUGGUCAUCACAGACUUCCUCCCUGUCAAGGACAAAAUGCCAUUCAUAGCCGUGGUGAUCAUCGUGUGCAUGGGGCUGAUCGGUCUCUUCAUGCUGUUUACCUGUGUCAUCAUCAACAUCAGCAACAGGAAAGGAGACCUGCCACCCUGGGCACGCAGGGUCUUCCUGCAGUACCUGGCCACCUUCCUCCUGUUUGGAGACCUGAGUGCCAAACCCCCGGCUCCUGAAAACAAGGAGAACGGAAGUCCUGGUGGGAAUGUCAGCCUCAACCACGUCACUAGUACUGGCAGCCUGGCUGUGGAACAGCAAACACAGCUGCAGGUCAACACCGAGGCUGGAGCUGACCGCCAUGCCCAGACCAUGCGGGUCAAGCCGUCCUUCUCCCCCUCCGGAGCUCAGUUUGUCCUGCAGACCACCCUGGAGGAGUUGAGCAGGAGUGUGCAGGCCGAGACUCACAUGCUCAGCACCGUCCUCACCAAACUGGUGCAGGAGGACAACUCAGAGGAAGGAGACUAUCACAAACUGGGCAGGAUUCUGGACAGACUCUGCAUCAUUCUGUACUUCAUAUGUAUCGGCAUCACCAUUCCACUCGCAAUGUUCUUGGGAAGAGGGUAG